AAAAAGGCGCGUAGGUCAUCAUCAUCAUCGAUUGCGACGCGCGUAUUUGGCCGUUGUUGAACAGGUCGAGCGGUGCCCAUAGUGAACGGUGGAAUCGCGACUUUCGUGUCGCGACUUCGACUUUCGACUUCGAGAAUUCGUCCGCAGUUCCAAAAAAACAGUAGUUCAGUCUAGCAAAGAUUCACUAUGGCGGAGAACGGCGUCGCCGAGCACCACGAAGACGAGUUGGAGGAGGAAGAGGAAGGAGGCUUCCGCAUAGACGACAUCUACGUCCCACCACCGCCGCCAGCAGCGUGUACAUUUAACCCAACUGGUCCCCGCCUCAUGAUACAGAAGAUUGAGAACAUCAAUUUCAAAUCGUACGCCGGCACAAGAAUUAUCGGACCGUUUCACAAGAAUUUUACAGCCAUUGUUGGGCCCAACGGGAGCGGCAAGUCAAAUGUUAUCGACUCUAUGCUCUUUGUCUUCGGCUACCGGGCACAGAAGAUUCGGUCGAAGAAAGUUGGUGUGCUUAUCCACAACAGCACGAACCACACAAACUUGGACAGCUGCACUGUGAACGUCUACUUUCAGAGAAUCACUGAUACGGAUGAGAACACCUUCGAGGUGGAGGAAAACUCUCAGUUUGUGGUUGGUAGGACAGCUCACCGUGACAACUCAUCCUAUUACACAGUGAAUGGCCGUCGUUGCACCUACAAGGAGGCCACAAGAACUCUACGCUCUUUUGGAAUUGAUCUUGACCACAAUCGAUUCCUAAUUCUUCAGGGAGAAGUGGAACAGAUUGCGCUGAUGAAGCCGAAGGCGCAGACUGAGCAUGACCAAGGAAUGCUGGAGUUUCUUGAAGACAUCAUUGGUAGCUCCCGCUACAAGGAGCCAAUCGAGCUGCUGAAUCAGCGUGUUGAAAAACUUUCAGAAGAAAGAACAGAAAAGCUCAACCGUGUCAAGCUUGUGGAAAAAGACAUGGAAGAGCUGAAGGGGGCACGUGACGAAGCUGUCGAGUUCCUAAAGCUUGAAAACGACAUUGCUGUGAUAGAGAACCAGCUCUUCCAGUUCUACAGGCGGAACGAAAAGACGGAGGAAGCCGAGGCUGACAAACAAGUCAAAGAGGCCCGGGCGCAGAUGGUUGAGCUCAAGAAAGAGCUCGAUGCACAGCAGCAGGCACAAAAAGCACAACAAGCUGAGCUCAAGAAGGCCCUCAAGGAGUGCGAGAAGAAAGAGAAGGAGGUGGAUGCCAGGAAGCAGGAGUAUGCUGAACUCGAGCGCCGGGACUUGCAGUGCAGGGAGACCAUCAAGCACACGAAGCAGAAAGGAAAGGAGGUGGAAAAGAAUCUGGAGACUGCUAAGGAGAAGGUUCAAGACCUGAAGAAACAGCCGGAAAAGCUACAGAAGGACAUUGAAAAACUGCAAGCCAAGAAAGAGAAGCUCGAAAAGGAAAAGGUUGAAGCGGAGGCCAAGCUUGCAGAGGUCAUGGAAUCCCUCAAGACACAGACCGAUGAACUUCAAGAGCAGAAGGCAGUCCACGAGCAAGAACUUCUUGGCCUUCAAAAGGGAGUGAGCGAAAAGAAGUCACAGUAUGAGAUUGCCAAAUCGGAGCUGGACCUCAGUGUCAGCACGUACCAGCGAGAGACGUCAAGGUUGGAGGAAAUCGAGCUCAACCUUGACAAAGUGAACAACUCGCUAACCGACAAGUCCAGCUGCUUGACCAAACUUGAAAAACUCGUUCCUGAAAAGGAGGCCAAGUUGAAACAGCUUGAAGCCGAGAUGACACAAGUGGGCCAGCAGUACCAGGAGUCCCAAGAACAGCUUCGAGCCGACCGACAUCGGGUCGAAGAGCUUCGCUCCAAUGCCCAGGCCAACAGGUCGCGGUCACGGGUCCUGGAUUCGCUUCUGCAGGCUAAGAAGUCUGGACAGCUGCCAGGCGUCAUUGGACGACUUGGUGACCUCGGUGCAAUUGAUGAGAGAUAUGACGUGGCGAUUUCGACAGCGUGUGGCCAGCUGGAUUAUGUUGUCACGGACACCGUGCUUACAGCCCAGCACUGUGUUGAGUACCUGAAGAAGCACGACGUUGGAUUCGCCAACUUUAUUGCUCUCGAGAAGAUGGAACGCUGGAUACCUUAUACCCAAAAUAAGAUUAACACACCUGAAAACGUGCCACGUCUGUUCGACCUGGUGUCAGUGAAGGACACUAGCCUGUUGCCGGCCUUCUACUUUGCCCUGCGAGACACUCUGGUGGCUAACGACCUUGACCAGGCCACCCGCAUCGGGCUGCAGGGGAGGACCCGUCACCGGGUGGUCACCCUGCAGGGAGAGCUGGUGGACGUAUCUGGCACCAUGAGUGGAGGAGGUGGACGCGUCCUACGCGGCAAGAUGGGUCAGGCGGUGCUCGACGACAACAUGAGCGCCGAGCAGAUGGAGCAGCUCACGUCUCAGCUGACGGCCCUCGAGAACAAGGCCCGGGACCUUCACGAACGCCGCUCCGUGCUGGAGGACAAGAUAAACUCUCUUCGCAAGGACGUCACAGCUUCCAAGCAUGCCUUGCAGAAGUUCCAGGUGGAAGUUAAGGGCUUGAAGCAGCAGCAAACCUCGCUUACCAGUCAGUUGGCCGAACAGAAGGAGAAAGUUACCAAGUCUGCUCCGGACAAGAAGAAGCUUGCACAACAGGAAAAGGCUGUGGCUGCCUACAAGAAAGAGUAUGACCAAGCAAUGGCAUCGUGGAACAAAGUGGAAAACAAAGUUGUGGAACUUCACGCUAAAAUCAUGGAAAUCACCGGAAAGUGCAUGGGCUCAGUCCAGCAAAAAGUGGAAAGCGUCACAAAGCAACUGGAUGCCGCCUCGAUGGAGAUCACAAGGGCGCAGUCCAGCAUCAAGACUUCAGAGCGGAAUCUAAGCAAAGCUGAGAGCAAGGCGGCAUCGUUGGAGACAGAGCUUGAGGAUGCCAAGAAACGACUCGAAGCGGCCAGGCUCGAGUACAGUGAACUGGAAAAAGUGGGAAAGGAGAUGCUCGCUGUCGGCGAUAAGGCUGCGGAGGAACUGAAGGCCCUGAAGCAAACACUUGCUGAGGUGCAGGCGAGGAUUGACAGCGGGAAAUCUGCCGAGAAUGCACUGAGUUCAAAGCAGAUCGAGCUGAAGAACCAGCUGGAGCAGAGCGAGGCUGCCCUUCAAGACCGCCAAGCCAAAGUGACACGCUGGACAAGAGAGUUGAGGAAGCUUAAGUGCCAUUCAAUUGAUGGUGAGCCAGAAGUUACAUUACCUGAGCUGGAAGACAAGGAUUUGGAAGACCUGAAUGAGGAAGCGCUAACGAUGAAGUCCACCAUGCUCAAGGAGAAUCUGUCUGCCAUGAAGCCAAACAUGGCUGCGAUACAGGAGUAUCGUCGAAAGGAAGAGGCCUACAAACAGAGGGUCACUGAGCUGGAAGCGGUGACGGAGAAGCGGGCUGAGCAGCGACGUCAUCACGACAACCUGCGCAAGGAGCGUCUGAAUGAGUUCAUGAGGGGAUUCGGCAUCAUCAGCAGCAAGCUGAAGGAGACAUACCAAAUGCUCACCCUGGGAGGCGACGCAGAGCUCGAGCUGGUCGACUCGCUUGACCCAUUCACCGAAGGCAUAGUCUUCAGUGUGCGGCCCCCAAAGAAGUCUUGGAAGAACAUAUCCAACUUGUCGGGAGGUGAGAAAACACUGAGCUCUCUGGCACUUGUAUUUGCUCUGCAUUACUACAAGCCAACGCCCUUCUAUGUGAUGGACGAAAUUGACGCUGCGCUGGACAUCAGGAACGUGUCGAUCGUCGGGUACUAUAUCAAGGAGCGAACGAGAAAUGCGCAGUUCAUCAUCAUAUCAUUGAGGAACAACAUGUUUGAACUGUCCGAUCGCCUGAUUGGCAUUUACAAGGUGCACAACUGCACCAACUCGUGCACCGUCAACCCACGGCGCCUUGUAGAGGUUGAAGCGGAACCUGAAGAGCAGCAACCACCUGAAGAACAACAACAACCUGAAGAGCCACAGCCAGAAAAUUGUGUUGACUGACGUUACUGCAUGAAGUGAUUCAUAUAAUUGUAUAUGUAAAUUUUGUUUAACUUGUAUUUUAAUCACCUUUAUGCUCAUCGAAUUGUCUACAAUCACCUAUGAGCACUUUGUCAUUGGAGUAUUUUACUUUUUGUUCUAUCAUCGGUCAUUGUUAUAUCCACUUAAGGCAUUUUUAAUUGUGCAAGCACAAGCAAAACGUGUACAAAUGCGAUUUAAUAAAGGAAACGCUUUUUUUGGAUAAUACAGUUGCAUGUGCAAUCGACAAUGCAUAGGCGGUGUCCAUGCACGACAUCACUCGGACAACGCCAAUGAUUUCUUGGCUACUUGCAGUGUCUGGUUGCACAUAUUAUUUCCUUGUUAUGCAAAUACUGUUGGGUGUAUAUGGGUUCACUUGUGCCAAUAACAAUAUAAAUGCUGAACUUUUUAUGCAGCAGAAAAAAACUGCUUUUGCGCUAAAUUUCAGCUUCUGAACAAGGUAUCCCACUUCUCUGAUCACCCAUAUGUGUGGUGACCACAUAUGUAAAAAUGGUGGCUUAUGAGAUCGGGUUGCAUCAUGCGUUGUGCAGACUGCAGCGCGCCAAUACGUCAGAGGCCAUUCAAAACUGUUGUACUUAAAUUAUGGCACUAUAUUAAGUUGGAAAGCAGCUGGUGAACGCCAAAUGUUUGUGUAUUGCUUCCUGACACGUUGUACUACCAGAACACGCCAAACAACAACUCGCAGCCACUUAUACAUUUUAAUCGGAUUUCAUUUGCUACUUUUUUUUCAUUUUACCUGCGAAGGGGUUGCAUCGUAUGACAGCAUCAAAAGCCAUGGUGCGAUUCAUAGUACAUCAUCUAGUUCUCUUUCAGGGAGGGCAUUAGCAUCUGGGUAAAUUGUGCUUCUCCAAAAUUGUGAGGCAGAUACGUGUUACAAGUAAUGCUGGGCCUGUGACAACACAAAAGUCUUGAGUCAUUCACUUAUGGCUGUGCCCUGUAAUGGCUGUGGCCCUAAAGGUAUGAUAAGUACAAGAGCAGCUUGUUGGGAUAGUAGGUGCCACUGUAGGACUUCCAUUUACCGCUUUUGAAAUGGGUGACUCGAGAUGCCCUUCAUGAUUUGUCACUUUUGGAUGCCUAGUUGCACAGCACGCUGCUGUAAGGUUGCAUGUCGUAGAAGACUGUGCUUAUGUGCACUUUCAUUCUAGAAAAUUGCACCAUAGAAGAAACACGAAUGCAAAAAGACAAUAGCACAACACACACACACAUGUCAUUUUACCGUGGCUUUUUGUGUCGCAUGUUGUUUCUGUGGAACCAUUUUUCAGAAUGAACCCAUACCAACUCCCGCAGCUGUCAGCUCUUAUGUGCACUUUAUGAAGGUUAGCCUGCGAAAACCUCUGUCUAAUAUGGCUGUGGUGAUAGCUCUGAUGCAUGCUUGCAAAGAUAAGUUUCAGUACCAGAUUGAAAAAGUGCUAAAUGACUGAGGCAUAAUACGAGAUCGGGUUUAACUUUGGUGACAUCCUGGUGAACUUCUAAGAACUUUGAUUUUUCUAUAAACAUUUAAGGAUAUUUUUGAGCCUACCAUUGCUUUGUUUGCACUCACAUUGCUCAGCAAUGAAGCUUUUAGAUCUGCAUUGUUCAAAAAAGAAAACAUGGCAUUGUUGGCCUCGUAGUACGUCAGGGGGGGGAGGGGGGGGGGAACGUGCAUGCUGCUUGCGAUUGAAGGGAAACUGUAUUUACAAACUGCACAUUGUCCAGCUGGAGAGGAGCUGUUACAUAGGCAUGGCGUACAACUUCCUAAAUGUGCUCCGUUUUCGCCACUUAUUUGCAACCUUAACAAAAAAAAAAAAAAAUGCUUAGAGCAGCGGCAUGACGACCAUGUGCCUGUCUCUACACAGUUCCGGGACCUUGAUCAUGCACAAGGUUGCUCCAUUUCCAGCUUCUGCUGCGGGUGCUGCUUAGACUCGAUGUCAUGGCUAUCAUGUUUUAUUCCUUCCUAUGCAUAUAAUGUAUAAACAAAACAGUUCCAGGUCUUUAUUCUACACCUGAGCGACUAUAUUGCUACAGCAUGAUGGGAAUCGGCCAGCUUUAUUUUGUCUACAUUAAUAGGUUUUGCAAGUGUCCUGUAUAAUGCAAUCGCAUUAGAACUGGCGGCAGGGGUUUCAGCUGCAAAACCUGCCGAUUAGACCCCAUGUGGAAGCCUCGGGGAAGAAAACUGUUACCCUGUUAUUUUUAAUUUUCUUUUAUCCUAUGUUCACUGAUGAAUGAAUUGAAAUGAAUUGCAUGAAUUCUCCGAAUUGAGUCACCAAAAUGAUUCUCCAAAAAUGAAUCACUGAAAUGAGUUCUCCAAAUUCUCUUUCUUGAAUAGGUGUUGUCCAAAUCGACACUUCAGCUAAUGUUACUAGAACUAGCCCAGUUUCACACAUCCGCUGGAAAACCUGUCCUGAGCGGUGGUCGCUGGAACUAGCGGUGCCGUAUCACUGCCGCGCCAUUCUUUUGAGCUGUGAAAGUACAGUGAUGUAUUCAUACAUUUCAUCUCGAAUAUAUUUACAUUCUCUUAAAGGUCAGGGUUCAACAGGAGGGUGCUAUCAGGCGUGAUAUGUGUGCCAUAAAAAUUAUGAAAUGGCCACUGCUUCCAAGUGCCAGUGCUGUUGAGGCUUAGCUAUGUUUGCACGUAUAUAAAGAAUGUGGCAAAUCAGUUCUGCGGAAUCCCGCAAGGUGGAAGGAGUAUCAUGUAAGGAAAAAAUUGUCAUCCACCCGAAUGUAGCAUGACAAUUUUUCCCUUUCAUGAUACUCCCUCCACCUUGCGAGAUUCCGCAGAACUGGCUUGCCUUAUUCUGUGUCCGUGUUCUUUGAGUUGUCGAUUAAUUCGCCCUCGUGCUGCAAUCUGCUAGCCUCCUGAUUAGCUCAGAUGGUAGAGCGACCGCCCCGGAAAGGCGUUGGUCCCGGGUUCGAAUCCUGGACCAGCACAAAUUUUUCCUCAACUGCAAAGCGUUCUGGCUGUCCAGAGGGCCCGGGCCGUUGCCGAAGGACUCUGUCUACCGGCCCCGACCUGGGUGGAGCCAUCAGAUUGAUUGGCGGGGCCUCCGGCCCCGCUUUAAUUCUUUCUCCUCAGGACCUCAAUAAAGUUCGUACUCACUCACUCUGAGAAACCCGUAUGGGUUUUCUUUGUAGCUACAUUAGGAUGGAUGACAAUUUUUCUCUUUCAGUAUAUAAAGAAUGAUUUGUGGGCAAACGUAACCACCUAUUAACAGUAGUUUCAUUUGGUAACAAGAGUUGGUGACUUGGUGGACAAUUUAAUUGUAGUCUCAGCCAUUGCGGGUAACGAGUGAGGAUGGUGGGUGCAUCCAAGUAACAAACGAAUUGGAGUGAAAUUCACAAUGACUGCACUGUGUUAAAAGGCUGUUUAUCUCAGUUCAGUUUGCUGCUGAAGCAUUGCACUGAGCUGUAUUUUACAGCAAAGCUGUUAGUGUGUCUGUAUAGAAGCGCUCGAAAACACAUGUUAUAUCUGUGUUUUGUGGUCCUGAGAGAACUAGCUAAUUCAGAGUUUAUAUUUAGAGGGAACGAGAGGCACGUUAAGGGUGCAAGACAAAAAUCCUGGACCAGGACGAAUUUUUCUUCAACUGCAAGGCUUUCUUUCCAAGAAACCCGUAUGGAUUUCCUUUGUAGUUUCAUGUUACACUUCGAGUGGAUCACAGUUUUUUUCCUUGCUUGUGCUUUCCUCCACCUGGCAGGCUUCCGCAGAACUGAUUUGUCAUGUUAAAGGUAAUGAGAGAACAAAUUAUGACUUGUGGGUGUUGAUUAGAGGCAAAAUUAUUAACUCUUUUUCUGCAUGUUUUAAGGCGUUAUAUGAAACGCUUACGAGGUUUUUCUCGUUGUCCUGGUAAAGCCAAACAUUUUAUUUUUAGAGGGAAUGGGGGCCCUUUUAUGGGAAAUGUGCACUGAAGGUUUCAAUUGUGUAGGUUAAUAAUGAACCUUGAAAAUGGUCCUGAAUUGUUGUUUUCUGCCUAGAUUCAUGCGUAAUACGAGGCAUAUAUAUGUAGUUGACUUCCAUGGACUUCUCAGUGAAAUAAAUGGGGCACUUCAUUUAUAUAUUUGCUUGAAAUAGGGGGCAUGUUGUGGGUGAUGUGCAAUAUAAGUUUUAACUGUGUAGGUUAAUUGGCAAUUUUUGCAAUAAAGUACUCAUUCAGACGUUA